ACAGCAACAAUGUUUUUUUCAAGGGAACACACAAAUGUUAUAAUUUCAACUUUAUGAUCUCGUUUUCAAUUUUUUUUUUAAUUUCACUUCACUCUUCACCAUCUCCGAUUUCAACAAAACCCUAACACCUUCAUCUCUUCAAACCAAACACCAUUUUCAUUUCCAAAUAUAAAAACCCUAACCCUAAUUUCCUUCAAUUUCAUGAAACCACCGUAAUUUUAUCCCCAAUUCCGAAAAUGCCCCCACACGGUGGCGAUUCCACCACCGUAACCGGUAACGGAACAAUGGCGAAUUCGAGAAUGAGGCUGAGAUUGAACCCUAACAAGGAUCACAAACCAGAAGGUUACGAUGAUCUUGAAUUGGAUUUCAGUCCUUCGAUUUUCAGCUCGUUGGAGAAACAUCUUCCUCCGAAUAUGCUCGUUUUUUCGCGUGAUGAUAAAGCUAAAUUCAUGCGUGAGAUUUUGCUCAAGUAUCUUCCUAAUGGUGAACGUCACAGAACUCAGAAGCAUAAAGAAUACAGACAGAAGAUAAAUUCACAUUAUCAGCCUUUGCAUCACGAGUUGUACACUUUGAAUCCUACGGCAUUCUUUGUGCCGACAUUUCUGAAAGCAAUAAGUGAUAAUACAGAGCAAAGCUUUAGAAGCAUAAUAUCCGAGCCCUCUCCAGACAUUUAUGUAUUUCAAAUGUUUCAGCCAGAGUUUUGUGAGUUGCUGCAAGCUGAGAUUGAAAAUUUUGAGAAAUGGGUGGCUGAAGCAAAAUUUCGGAUCAUGCGUCCCAAUAGAAUGAAUAAAUAUGGUGCUGUACUUGAUGACUUUGGCCUUGAACCAAUGCUUGACAAGCUUAUGGAUGAUUUUGUUCGUCCUUUAUCUAGAGUCUUCUAUCCAGAAGUUGGAGGAGCAACCUUGGAUUCACAUCAUGGAUUUGUUGUUGAAUAUGGUGAAGAUAAAGAUCUUGAUUUGGGUUUCCAUGUGGAUGACUCGGAAGUAACCCUGAAUGUUUGCUUGGGUAAGGAAUUUUCUGGAGGGGAGUUGUUUUUUCGAGGAACAAGAUGUGAGAAACAUGUAAAUACAGGAAGUCAACCAGAGGAAGUCUUUGAUUAUUCCCAUGUCCCUGGACGGGCUGUGCUUCAUCGUGGUCGACACCGUCAUGGUGCUAGAGCGACAACAUCUGGGCAUCGAAUGAACUUCCUUAUGUGGUGCAGAAGUUCUGUCUUCAGAGAGAUGAAACUGCAUCAAAAGGAUUUUUCCAGUUGGUGUGGUGAAUGCAACCGCAUGAAAAUGGAAAGACAACGCUCCACAUGUGCUGCUACCAGAUUGGAGUUGAUCGCAAAGGAAGGCGAAUCCACUGCGUAGUUUCUUUUGCUCAGUGGAUAGUUGUAAAAUAUUAUAGCUGCAAUUAUUAGUCAAGUAACUUAUGAUUUAAAUAAGCUGUGAUAUGUCCUAAAACAUUGUAAUGGUUUCUCUGAAGCCUAUUAUUGUCUUUCAGGGGGUGUAUGUAAGCCGGUUUAAUGCUCAUCGAUACUGUCAUUGUCAUUUUUGAUGCAUGAAACCAUAGUAAGGUUACUAGCAAUAUAGCUUUAGGCUGUAAUUAACUUUUCCUGAAGUUUCUCAGGUUAAUCGACUAUUGCAACAUCUAGUUUUAUAUUUUUAAAAA